UCAGACAUGGUGUGACAUCACGGUUAUUAGACGCUGAUCUGCAAACUAAAAGCCAUUACUCAAAGAAUAAUCCUUGGGACUGAAGAAGACAGAAAAUUUUCUGUUAUCUAACAUCUAGGUCUAGCAGCACCAGAAUCAAGCCACUUAUGUCUAGCUUCUCACUAUUUCAAAUCAGUUUUUUUGGAAAGUAUUAAAGUGAACAAGCUGGAUAUAGCAAUGGAAUGCAAGCAAUGGUUAUUAUUGGUUGCUGCCCUGUGCUUAGGAUCUGCCUGUUCCCAAAAUAGAAAACAUCCACCAUAUGCAUGCCAAUGCCUGAUGGAUGUCCAGGCUAGAAAGAGGUGUGAUUCCACUUCUGCAGGCAUCACUGCAGAGCAAUGCACAGAAAAGGGCUGCUGCUUUGAUGCAACUGUGCCUGAUGUCCCAUGGUGCUUCAAACCUUCUGGAGAAAGAGCUUCCCUCCGGUAUGCAAAGAGAAUGAUUGAACAGCAAGCAAGAGUGGACUGUGGCUAUCAAGGGAUCACGCGCAAGAGGUGCAAAAGGAUUGGAUGCUGUUUUGACCGAAAGGCUUCUGAUACAUCAAUGUGCUUCUAUCCCCCGGUGAAUGAGGUUUCCCAGCAUUGUGUAAUGGACAUGAGCGCAAGGGAAGAAUGUGGAUACCCAGGCAUCACUGCUGAGGAAUGCCAGGGAAGAGGAUGCUGUUUCAAUUCAUAUGUCGUUAGUACUCGGUGGUGUUUUUACCCAGCAUCCAUAACAGGACCUCCCAAGAUGUGUGGAAUGGCACCCAACAAAAGAGUGGGUUGUGGAUACCCUGGCAUCUCUGCUGAUGAAUGCUUGAGAAAAGGAUGCUGUUUUGAACAUUACCAGUAUGCCCAAAAUGUUCCCUGGUGCUUUGAACCUUUGGCAAGUUUUCUAAAAUGGUUGCCAUGUGAAGCUGUUCAGAUGUUUGGAAUGCUGACUAAUGUCUCCUCUGAGCGGAAUGCCGAUGUCACGUUGAUCCCAAAGCGAGAGUUAACUGUGGACCUCCUGGAAUCACUCCCCAGCAAUGCCGGGAUGCCGGGUGCUGCUUCAGUUCUGAAGUUGCAGGAGUGCCCUGGUGCUUUGCUCCAAGCCCCCCACACUAUAGAAAUGAACUUCAAGUGCCUCUGGCUCCUGGCCAUUGUCCUGGUCUUAGGAUUCACCAGUUUUGCAGAUGCCAGGGGUGGCCGAGGUGGUGGCCGAGGUGGCCGAGGUGGCCGUGGGGGCAGAGGACAAAAAGGCAACUGUAAUGUACCUCCUCGUCGGAGAAGUGACUGUGGAUGGCCUGGAAUAUCUAGAAGUACAUGUUUAAGUAGAGGGUGCUGUUUCAGCAGUGCAAUCAAGAAUGCGAAAUGGUGUUUCCACCGUUUGAAGAUUUGGAGAACAUUUCGGGGAAAAAUGAACUUCAAGUUGCUCUGGCUCCUGGCCACUUUCCUGGUCUUAGGAUUCGCCAGUUUCACAGAUGGCCAGAGAGGUGGCCAAGUUAACAACGGGGGCAAAGGUGGCCAAGUUGACAACGGGGGCAAUGGUGGCCAAGUUGACAACGGGGGCAAUGGUGGCCAAGUUGACAACGGGGGCAAAGGUGGCCAAGUUGACUACGGGGGCAACGGACAACAAACACGUGGCUGUAAUGUACCUCCUAGUCGGAGAAGAGAAUGUGGAUGGGCUGGAAUAACUAGACAUGCAUGUUUAAGAAGAGGGUGCUGUUUCAACAAUGCUGUCAAGCAUACGAGAUGGUGUUUCCAUCGUGAGUAG